AUGGCAUCCAACCAGGACCAGGCGAGCUACCGCGUCGGCGAGGUCAAGGGCCAAACCCAGGAGAAGACCGGGCAGGCGAUGGGCGCGGCUAAGGACAAGGCGUACGAGGCCAAGGACCGGGCGGCGGGUCUGGCAGGGAACGCGUCCGGCCAGGGGCAGGGCGCCACGGAGGCCGCCAAGCAGAAGGCCGGCGAGGCAAUGGAAAAAACUUCGCAGACGACGCAGGCUGCCAAGGACCGCGCCGCCGAGACGGCGCAGGCGGCAAAGGACAAGACGACCGGGACAGCACAGGCAGCGAAGGACCGCGCCGCCGAGACGGCGCAAGCGGCCAAGGACAAGACGACCGGCACGGCUCAGGCCGCCAAGGACCGUGCCGCCGAGACGGCGCAGGCGGCCAAGGACAAGACGACCGGCACGGCGCAGGCGGCCAAGGACAAGACCGUCGAGAGCAAGGACCAGACCGGCAGCUUCCUCGGCGAGAAGACGGAGUUGGCCAAGCAGAAGGCUGCCGAGACCACCGGGUUGGCUAGGCAGAAGGCGGCGGAGACGGCGCAGUACGCGCAGGACAGGACCUACGACGCGGCGCAGUACGCCAAGGACUCCGCCGUCGCCGGCAAGGACAAGACCGGCAGCGUGCUCCAGCAGGCCGGCGAGACGGUGGUGGGCGCGGUGGUCGGCGCCAAGGACGCGGUGGUGAACACGCUGGGGAUGGGCGGAGACAACACGAACAACAGCGCCACCGCCAAGGACACCACCAGCGCCACCGAGAAGAUCACCGGCGAUCACUAG